AUGAAAGUUCUACCAGUACUCUUAGCAGUUUGUUCAAUAGCUUCUUCAGCUGGUGCAUUUCCGUUUCAACCUUUGAGAUAUCUGGAAGUGGCAGAUGGUGAAAUAAUAGCUGUAACUGAGGACAAGAAAUUGUCGCUCUUGAGAGGAGGCAUUAAGUUCUUUGAUGUUACCAAACACUAUAAAAGAGGUUAUUCCUUUUUCGAGGAACAAGAGGAGACACCUAUUAUUCCCGAAUUCGAAUAUCCUACCAACGUUACUCAUUCGGAUGUACUUGAGCCGCUAUUCAAAAAGAUCGAUCAGUCUUGGAUGCACGACAAGUUAGCACACUUUACGAAUUUUUAUACCCGUUACUACAAAUCUGAGACUGGUUAUGAAGCUGCUCUUUGGCUCUCAGAACAAAUUGAGGCUCUAAUUGAGGGCCUACCAGACGGUUUCGUCUCAAUCAAACAUUUUGACCACAAUGAAUGGAAGCAAUUUUCUAUUAUUGUUAGGUUCGAAGGUUCUUUGAGCCCAGAGAAUGUUGUGGUAAUUGGUUCCCACUUGGAUUCCAUAAAUCUAUUGUUACCUUCUAUAUUACCUGCACCAGGAGCAGACGAUAAUGGAUCAGGUACAACUAGUAACCUAGAAGCCCUACGUAUUUUUGUAGAAUACCUUAAGUCUACAGAAACUCCGCUGAAAAAUUCAGUUGAAUUUCACUUUUACUCAGCUGAAGAAGGUGGAUUACUGGGAUCGCUUGACGUAUUCACUGAAUAUGCAAAGUCCGAGAAACGUGUUGUUGCUAUGCUACAGCAGGAUAUGACUGGGUAUGUGCACGAUCCCCAAAAUGAACACGUCGGUGUUAUUGUGGAUUACACUACGCCUACACUAACUGAUUUUACUAAAUUGGUAGUAGAUGAAUACUUGAGUAUUCCAUAUGUCGAAACUACAUGUGGAUACGCCUGCAGCGAUCACGGAAGUGCCACGAAAAAUGGGUUCCCAGCAGCGUUUGUAAUCGAAAGUACAUUUAGAGAAACAAGUAAAUUCAUCCACAGCACUAUGGACACCAUAGACAGAUUAAGUUUCAGCCACAUGGCCGAACAUGUUAAGUUAGUUCUUGGUACCGUUUUUGAAUUGGGUGAAUGGGAUCACUUUGUUAAGAAAUGA